UUGACGUCUGCCAGAGGGAGUGGUUGAGAUUUUUCAAAUAAAGAUAAAGAAAUUUUAUUGUAAAGCAAUUAUAAUAAAUAAUCAUAUGAUCCCUUUUUCGAAAUGGGUUCAGGCUUUCGUUUGUCCCUUCCCACUGGUUUUCUGAUUCCACAACCCAUUUUUCUUCUCUCUUUCUUUUAUAUUAAACUCAACCAUACCAUUCAUUCACUUUACCCAUCCAAAUUCUUUAGGGUUUCUAUGGAUCUGAACUAGUUUCUGAUUAGAGAACACAAGAAUGUCUGAGAAAAUGGCUGCCGAGAAGCCCACGACUAGCUCUGCCUCUGCCUCUGCUUCUAAAGGCCAAGCAUGGUUUUGUACUACUGGUUUACCUAGUGACAUUGUGAUCGAAGUCGACGAUAUGACCUUUCAUCUUCACAAAUUUCCUCUAAUGUCCAAGAGUCGAAAGCUUCACCAAAUGAUAACCGAACAAGAAACAAAUCCUUCAACCAGUAUAGUAAGAGAAGAGGCAGCACGAACUGAAAUCGAAGAAGAAGAAGAAGAAAUUACCUGCAACAUCAGUUUCCCUGACUUCCCGGGAGGAUCAGAAACCUUCGAGAUGGUGGCCAAGUUCUGUUAUGGUGUUAAAAUGGAGCUCUCCUCUUCUACGGUGGCGCCUCUGCGAUGCGCUGGAGAGUAUCUCGAAAUGACUGAAGACUACGCCGAAGAUAACCUUAUAUCCAAGACGGAGAGGUAUUUCGCUCAAUCCGUUUUCAAGAGCUUAAAGGAGUCAAUUAAAUGCUUGAAAUCCUGCGAAAAGGUCAUCUCAUUAGCGGAGAGUUUAAACAUUAUCCACAGAUGUAUAAACUCAAUUGUUUCAAGAGCUUCAUCUGCAGAUCCCGCUUUGUUUGGCUGGCCGGUUACUGAAGGCGGAGGAACUUCAAAUCAAGGUUUAUGGAACGGAAUCGAAAACGGUCUACGAAGAAGAGGCGCAAAACUCUCAGAAUCUCACUCCUGGUUUGAAGAUCUCUCGCUCUUGAGCUUGUCUCUGUUUAAGCGCUUAAUGAAUGCAAUGAAAGAGGGAGAUCUGAGUCAGGAAAUUAUUGAAAGCUGCUUAAUGCAUUACGCUAAAAAGUACAUUCCAGGCUUAUCAAGAGCAAGCAGAAAGCCGAGUUCAUCCUCAACAAUACAUUCAGAGACUGAACAGAGAGAGCUAUUAGAAACCGUAAUUGUUAAUCUUCCUUUAGAGAAGAGCGCUGCUGCCGCGUCAACAACCGCAACGAGGUUUUUAUUCGGUUUACUUAGAGCUGCUAAUAUACUAAACGCAUCCGAAUCCUGUCGUUCUGCCUUAGAGAAGAAAAUCGGAUCUCAGCUCGAUCAAGCCACACUUGAUGAUCUGCUAAUCCCUAGCUAUUCCUAUCUGAACGAAACUCUGUAUGACGUUAAUUGCAUUGAAAGAAUUUUAGGUUACUACUUGGAGGGAUUGCAAAUUCAACAAAAUCAGGACGAAACUGCAAGAUCUCCGCCGUUAAUGCUCGUCGGUAAAUUGUUCGACGGUUAUCUCUCAGAGAUCGCAUCUGAUACUAAUCUCAAACCGGACAAAUUCUACAAUUUAGCAACCUCUCUUCCCGAUCAAGCUAGACUCUUCGACGACGGACUUUAUAGAGCUGUGGAUCUUUAUCUUAAGGCGCAUCCGUGGUUACCGGAGGCGGAGCGUGAAAAGAUUAGCGGAAUAAUAGACUGCCAGAAGCUGACACUAGAGGCGUGCACACACGCGGCGCAGAAUGAGCGUUUACCUGUAAGAGCGGUGGUUCAGGUUUUGUUUUUUGAGCAGUUACAGUUACGCCACGCCAUUGCAGGCACUCUAUUGGCGGCAGAGACGGCGCCACAGGAAUUGGGGAGAACGUCAGGAUUAAGGCAGGAGGAGGAGGAGGCAGAGGUAGAAGCAAAAGAAGAGGAAGUAGUUGGUGGAGAGGCGAGUGGAAGUGCCACGUGGAGAGCAGCAGUGAGGGAGAACCAAGUGCUACGGUUGGAUAUGGAUAGCAUGAGGACGCGGGUGCAUCAGCUAGAAAGGGAGUGUUCGACGAUGAAGAAGGUGAUCGAGAAGAUCGAAAAGAAGGGUGGUCCAGGUGGCGGUUGGAGAGAGUCAGUGAAUAGGAAGUUUGGGUGUAAGUUCAAAACACAGGUCUGUGAUUCACACGAACAAACGGUUGUGGACAACAGAAAGGGACGGCAACACCAGCGCCAACAACAGUAGACCUUCAAUUGCUUUUUAAUGCGGUGUACACUGCACAUGUACUCCCUACAAUUUAAUUUAAAGGAAAUAAAAUUGAAUUAGAUGA